AUGACGCGGUUCCGAACUCAUGUCCCACCCUUGGACAGCCCGUCCAAGCAGCUGAUGCUUGACCUCGUCCGCGAACUUGAGAAUGUCAAAAUUUUUGACGCCGAUCUAAAGAAAGUCCACCAGUAUGAGAGAAAAAUAUUCUACGAAAGCCUCGACCGGAUCGACCGCGAGCGUGAAGCAGUCCACACAGCCGCACUCGACCAGGCUGCCGCCUUCCACGACCGCGUCCGCGAGGAAGCGGUGACAACUUUGAAGGAUCACAUCCUCGCUGAAGAGGAAGAGCGCCUGCGGAAGGAACAAGCAAUCCGCAAGGAGCAAGAGCGCAUUGAACGCGAAAAGACCGAGAAAGCACGCCGCGAACGAGAAGCAGCCGCGCGCGUUGAGGCCGAACGCCAAGCCAAGGAGCAGGCCGAGAAGAAGGCCCAGGAGGAGGCGGCUAAGAAAGCCGCUGCCCUUGAAACCGCACGCAAAGCCGCGAUCGAGGAGAAGCUCCGCAAGGAACGCGAGCAGGCCGACGCCCAGAAGCGCAAGCAGGACGAGGAGGCUCAGAAGGUGCAGGAAGAGGCCGACCAAAAGGCCCGCAGCCAACAGCAACAGAAACUCGGUGCUGGGAACCUUUCGGCUGAAGAUAUCCGAGUCCAGCAACGUUACGUUGAGCUGCAUAAAACCCUCAAGGAAAUGCGAAAAUGGCUCAAGGACAUUGGCCAAGGCCAGCCUGACCUCAAGGCGACCAUGGGCAAUUUACGGCGUUCGAUUAAGAAAUCCGUUGGCCAGCUUCGAGCCGGAACCGGUGCAAACAAGCAACAAAUAAUUCAGCUCAAAGCCGAACUCGAAAAGGCUCUCGCCUACCCGGAACCAACAGUGGACAUCCGAAAUUUCAUCGCAUUCCCGCCUGAGGAGAUUGCAAACUCGGAGAACAAGGUACCGGCAAUGCUUAUCUACGGAUUGAACAUUCUUGCAAAGAGCUUGAUAUCCUCUCUUCUAGCUGAGGCCUCCAUCAAGCAAUCCCACGCCGAGCCGAUCGGCAUCAUUGCUGCUCAGAUAUUUUCGUUCGAUAUGUUCACCUAUAAAGGACUGCACAUGUCCGACAUCAUGUGGGCCAAAUACCGUGUCGUCUGCCCGGCUCUGUGGGGUUUCACAGGCAAUGACAAGACCGAGGGCGGACGCCGUGUCCUGGGUUGGUGGCGGUCCGCAGAUACUGGUUCCUGGGUCACUGAGCAAGUUCACAUGGACCGCAUGACCGCGCUCGGCGCGGGAUAUGCUGCUAUGACUCUUCGAAAUUUUGCGAAGUCUCCACGCCGGAACCCGUUCCCUAACACAAUGUUCUGGGCGUCUAUCCACAAGAUCUUGGCAAUUCCACCUUUAGAGUUGCAGGAGACCCAGAUUGCCCUCCUGGCAGCACUUCUUCGAUCUUCCGGCGAGAGAAUUCUGGGCUUCUUCGGCCAGUACGGACUCGCAUUGAUGCACUAUGUUAUCGUCGACCUGCCCCGCAAGCUCCAGCGGGAGACCAUGGCUGUGACCCAGCUGAGCACCCUCAAGGAGCUCUACCUGAAAGAGAAAAAUUUGGCGUUGUGA